GUCCUUUUAAGGAAAGUUGAGAUAAAGACAGAACAUACCGAAGCGACCCUUACCACAUGUUCAAACAUUUCAAAACAAUUAAAAUGGCAAGGAUUUGGCUGUCGUUGUUGGUACUGGGCUGCUUUCAGCGCGAUACCCUGUGCUUUCUACCGAACCCGUUUUCAGCGAUUGACACGAACGACUAUACCCAUACGGAUAUUACAGAGAUCGGAGUCUUAAAGGCGGUGGCCAAGUUCUUUGAGGAGAACGCCGUGCAGGCUUGCCGGAACUGCAGUAAUGGGGCCCUGACCGGUUUACCGGACAUUACCGCCCGCCGUUUGUACGACCAGUAUUACGGAGGUCAGGUGUCUGAGAAGCGGUUCCAGGAGGCGAUAGACGACCUGGUGAAGCACAACAACAAGGUAGACCAGGACCAUUACAGCGAGGCAGCCUGGCACUUCAACGGCGAGCAGAUCAAAGAAAGUAACGCUAAGAUGCAGACGCUCCGAGAUACGCUACUGAACACGCUGAACAGCUCAAACCCGAACUUCGACGCCGCACGUGAGCUCAUCGGCCAGUACCUGCACCUACUGCAGAUGUUCUACAGCAACACGAACUGGGUCGAGAUGAGUGGGGGGCAGACAGCGGUUAUAUACCAGCCUCUAGGUAUAAGCGGCCUGCCUAUCAUGGCUGCUGCCCCGCCCAGUAUUGACACGUGUCGCAGUUGCGGCGGUACGUACAGCUCAGACUGCCAAAACAACCUGAUUGUGGCCGGAAACCUGUUGACGAGCGGGUACAAGUCCGGUCAGGAUGUAGUAAAACCAGCAAAGAAUCCAGGUUCGGUCGCCGAGGGCAAGUGUAGCCACGGCGGCCCACGUGACUCCUCCGCAACGAGUUCGGCCGCGGUGGGCGGGAUCAACAAGGACUCUAUGGACACUACCUAUUCGCCGCAUCACCAUCUCCAUGAGAAGGCAGCCGAGCUCGCUAUCGACCAUACACGCUUGUUCUUUGAAGACCCAACGUACGGCCUGCGCAAGUUGGUUGGUGACGACAAGUUCCAGGAUCUCCUACAGAUCAGGUCCGGUAACUCUCUCGUCUUCGUCAUCGACACGACGGGAUCCAUGGGCAAGGACAUCGCCGCCGUGCAGAACAAGACAGCAGAGAUUGUCAGCGAGACCAAGGGGACCCCGAAUGCCCCCUAUAACUACAUUCUCGUCACGUUCAAUGAUCCAGGUAACGAGACGACCGUGCAGAAGACCACUAACCCAGACGACAUUCAGAGAUGGCUGGCCGCCAUUCAAGUGCACGGGGGAGACGACUGCCCCGAGUUCUCCUUGACCGGUAUACAAGCAGCCUCGACUGUUGCUAUGCCAAACUCGAACGUGUUCGUGUUCACUGAUGCCACACCCAAGGACCCUCAGAAGAUCAACUACAUCACCAGUCUAAUCACAGAGAAAAAACUCCGAGUCCAAUUCCUCGUCACCGGCUCGUGCACGCGUAAACGUGUCAGUCAUGAUCACAUUCAUCCAAGAAAUGUAGACUAAGUCAACACGACGUUGUGCAAGUUGGCUGACACAAGGUGAACACGAAAAUCUAUAGCAUUUUUUUCCAAAUAUUAUUGUGAAGUAUCAACACAUAGAUUUAUAACUCAAAUGCCAUAGCAGGUACCUAAUUGUGAAAUACCUUAUUGAACCAAUUUAAUACAAAAACUUUUAUUUGGUA